CUGAUUGUUUACCUGUCAAAAUUUAUAGGGGGAAAUCAUCCUGACCGUUCGAUUUAUCUUGAACAUUCCAGCAACAUAACCAGAAAGGUUCCUAAGCGAUCUAUUUAUGUUUAAUUUGGUCAGUGACGUUCACUCCUUACUAAGUAUUCAUUGCAAUAAUAAUGUCAGAACCGACCAAGGAGGAGUCCAAGGACAUACAAGAAGAACCAGCUGACCGAGAAAUUGUAAAAAGCAGGGCUAUCGUGAAAUAUUCGGCCCCAAAACCGGCUACCUUUACUAAAUUACAAUGUAACACGGACCUAAACUUGCCCCCGUCGAAUUGGCUAAGCAGUUCAGCAGACUCCUAUGGUUUGCAGAGGGUCAUUUACCAUCAGAAGGGAUUUUCCAGUUUUCGGAUGGCCCACAUGUUUCCGGACUGUGUUGGGGAAGUUGAUGUGGUUUCAGAUGCGGAAAACAUUAAAAAUUUACUAAAAAUACCAUAUAGUAAAGGUCAUGUGAGCAUGAUGGUUCACCGGGUCGAAAACAGCUUACUAUUAGAUGAAUUUGAUAUUUACAAGCAUUUACUAAAAACUUCUGAGACAGGCUGGGAGUGGUUGAAAAAGUUCUUUUUUGAGAAUAUCGGUAGGGAGGCCUGUGAACAAGAUAAGCAUUUAUAUAUUAAAAGUAGAUCUCAGAAAGCUUUGAAGCAAAAGAGUUUGGCUUCUAAGUUUUUGUAUCAUAGUUUAGUUGAAAAUGAGGGACAAGAGGCAUGUUCCACAAGCCCUCUUAAACCUCUACAGCAAGCAAACACCACCCUUCAAACUCCACCCUUACCAGACCCGACCCCAGAAUGUCCAGAUUCUCACCCAUUUGAAUUUAAUAGAAAUGUAGUUUGGACUUUUGAGGAUAUUGAGAUGCUAUUGGGCACUGACAUGCCCAUAUUUGGAGGAGGCACUCACCCGUGUAUAUCUUUGAGGUUAAGGGAUAUGAAUAAACCUAUUUCAGUACUUACCGGUAUAGAUUAUUGGCUGGAUAACCUGAUGUCUAAUGUUCCUGAAUUGGUGAUGUGUUAUCACCUUAAUGGCAUUGUGCAGAAGUAUGAGCUUAUAAAAACUGAGGAUUUACCCAGGUUGGAUAACUCUAAAUUCUCACCAAAACUCAUAAGGGAUGUGGCUCAAAGUAUUCUUAGCUUUUUAAAGUCCAAUGCCACCAAGGCCGGACACACUUAUUGGUUAUUUAAAGGAAAAAAUGAGGAGGUGGUAAAACUGUAUGACUUAACCUCUCUGUGUUCAGAAGAAGAUGUCCUAAAGGGCCAGAACCCUUUUACCAUACCGGUUGCCAUGCUGCUCUAUAAAGUGGCCAGGAACAUGAAGAGUUCUAAAAACAGUCGCUCCCAAUUGGCUACGAUCCGUAUGCUCUUGAAAAACACGGUAAAACUACUCCCGGAAGAAAAGUAUCCGGAAAUCGUCACUUCGUCCCAUUACAUGUUGUCAGACUUGUAUAUUCCGGCCGAAUUAAAUCCGGACAAUCCGAAUUUUGAAGAGUUUGAACGCGAGGAAGAUGAGGCUAGUAUUUAUGACGACGAUGAUUAUCCAGAAGGUGAUUCAUUUGCCAUGUUAGACUUGCAACGCAAAGAAAAAAUCCGAAAUAACUACAAACCUCCUCCUCCCAUCGUGAGCAGUUUGGAAGAAAGAUGUACUCAGGCCAUCGGGCAUGUCGCCUCCGGUUUAAAUUGUUUGCAGUAUUUUAGCGAUGAGCAGGCAAGGGAAAAGUCUAAGGAAAACGAAGAAGAAAUCCGCAUGGCAAAACCUUUCGAACCAAUUCCGAUGCCUUAUAAGAAAAUAAACGAGGAAGGUGCCGAUACAAGUGAGUCACUAGUUCAAGGCAAUAAGAAGGCGAGAAAAAGGGAGAAGAAAAAAAAGGCGAAGGAAGAACAAAAGAUGGCUUUGCUGUUAAAAGAUUCAGAGCCUAAGGGUCCCGCUUUUGAUCCCGAUACCAUUUCUUGGAAAGAUCACCUUAAGACGUUGCUCCUAGAGAAGGCCGUAUUGGCUUACAUUACUUUGGCAGAGUAUCACAUCACUAAAGGUCGUUACGGCGAUUCUCUAAGAAUCCUAGCGAUCAUGGCGCGUUGCCAGCUCGCCCUUGAUCGCACCCCAAACGGCAUCGGAACCGGAAACUUAAAGUUGAGUUGCUUACUCGGAAGAGCGGGCGAUGCGUGCACGAUGAUCGUGCAACGUUGGAGAAACGUCGAAAUUUAUAGGGAACAGUUGCAUAAUCAUCAGGACGAGGACGUUCGGUUGCUAGAGAAGCUCGAACAAGACGAAAGGAUCUAUAAAGUAAACUUGGGAGAUAAGGACGUCCGAGUGGUGUUCAUCCAUGACAUAAGAACCAUCGAGCAAAUGUUACUGAAAGCAGUGAAAUGUUACGAAAUGGGAGGACAGAUUGCGCCGUCGAACAGUUUGGAUAUUAGGUUAGCAAACAGUUUAAACGAGCUAGCAAACCACUAUUUAAACGAAGCCAAAUCGGCCAAAUCCUCUCAGGACAUUUUAGACGCUUGCGCCAAAAGCGAGCCCCUCUUGAUCAAAGGGCUGCAGAUAUUCGAAAAAGUAAAUAACGACGCGAACACCGCCCUUUUACAUUCGAAUAUGGGACAUCUGCAUCGGUUGAUGGCUCACGCCUACGCACCAGAGGACCGGCGUGCGCUAACUCCCAUGGAACGAAAACACUACAACAAAUCGAUCCAGAGUUACAAAAAGGCAUUGAGGGUAAUCGGCGAGAGGAAACAUCAUCCGACCAUUUGGGACGCGAUCAACUGGGAACUUAGCACGGCCUUGUUCAAUAUGGCUUGUAUUAUGUGUGAUUUUCCACCCGCUGAAUUGAAAAGAUCGGAAGCGGAGAAACAAGUUUUGGAGGCCCUCCAAUUGGCCAUGGACCACUGCGACAUGGACGAAAACAAUUACAAAUUUCCAUUGUAUCAAUAUCGGGCAGCGAUAAUUCAUUAUCGUAUUGCCUCCGUUUGGCACAAUCACAUAUGGACGUCGGAGAACGAUUCGAAGUAUGCCCUUCAAUUGGCGAGCCGCCAUUACGACAAAGCUUGUCAAUUGUUCUUACAAGCCGGGGAUGUUAUUUACUUUCUUACUUGCCAGAUGCAUAGGGUUGCUUUGGUCGAACAAUUAGUUGAAGAAACAACUUCGACCACAUCUAAACUCAAACACCUGCAAGCCUGCCUCAAAAUCUUCAUCGAAAUCGACGUGAUGCUAAAACAAUUAAUCGAAAAAAACGUGGACAUGCCGGAAGUGAUAGAGGACGACACCGAUCAGGUGAAACGUUACAACACCGUCCACUCCCUGCUUAAAUUGAUGACCACCAGGUUGCAGAACGUCUUAAAACUUAUGGUAAAAAUCUGCAUCGGUAACAAGAGCUAUUCGAAGCUCGCUGACGCUUACAAACAAUGUUACAAGGCCACUUUCGCUUUAAAAAAUAAUUUAGAUCGCGAUUCGUUGUUGAACGAGAUGCAUAAAGUACUUGGGGAGAUUUUUGAGCAGUUAAACGGCCUUCGUAAUUAAUGAUAAGUUUGUCAUAUCCUGUGUGUAUUGCAUGUGUUAGUUUUAAGAUUAUUGAAACUGUGAUAAAGAUAAAAGUAAACGUUUGAAUAACA